CACUGCAGUCUCACUUUGGCUAAAGGGGUGAUUCACACGGGAUCUAAACGUUCAGAGUUCUUGUACUGUUUGACAAUUCACUCUUUGAAUUAGUUUUCCUGUUUCAGUCUGUUUCACCUUCGAUUAAGCAGGCGCAGCAAGUCAUUAUUUGUUUGUCGUGAGAGUGAGAACCUCAGUUUGUUCGUUAUCACUGUGCUCGGAGCUUUGCUGCUCAGUCUAUGGACUCCUUCACCAGUCUCUUGGGUGGACGACCUAACUGCAGUCUCACUUCAGGGAAAGGAGGACCUUAAAUGGGAUCUAAAAACUGAACACAGCAUUCCGAGCCUUUGUACCUUUUGAUCUUUUGCCCUUGCAACCAGUCCUUCUGGAACACCAGUUACUCCUCACAAGGACAAGGAUACCAAGUUCUUAAUUAUUUGGAUUUCUCUCCCUUCUCCUAAAACUACAGUAGAGGAGCUUUUUUACAACUAAGUCAUGGUCAUUUACUCUUUUACUGAUUUGAAGCCUUCCUGCUUGUUGCCAAGCAUGACAAAGCAAUGUGUGUGAGGUGGUGCAAUGUUCCUGCACUGAGAACCUGUCUCUGACCCACUGUGAGCAGCAGUUCAUCUGCCCUUGAAGAAAUCUGCUCUGGAAGUCUGCGAACAGAAUUACUGUCAACAGAAAGUUGUUCAGGGAGUCCACAAAAUGAGGCUGAGGUUUCUCUGCGACAGUUUGCCUGCUGGUUUGAUGUUCGGUUUCUUUGCUUUUCUACUUCGGCCUGUUUCCACAUGGGGAAACACAAAUCAAAUUUAUUUCAUAGAAAAUGGGGGUGAUAUUCUAUUAAGGGGACCAGACAAUCCUGGGAAUGGCCCUGUUGUCUUGGAAUGGAAACCACACUCAGGGCAGCAAACCCAUGAGCUGAUGACUUUCCACAGAACGUCGGCAGGCAACUGGAGCAGACAUGGGAACAGGCAUUAUGUAAACCUUUAUGUCCUGCAGGAGAUACGUGGGAAUCCGAAAACCAUUAACCUGAGAAUUAGGGAUCCCAUAUUUAAACUCGCAGGAUCAUUCACUUUAAUUCAAACACAGCCAAGGAAGCAUAUCUUGCAACAGCACGAGAUUUUCGGGAUCAAAACUGAGGCAAGUCCACAGCGGUCUGUGGUGGGGAGUGACGUCACCCUCAGCUGUACCAUCUCCAGACUCCCAGAUACAGUCAGUCUCCAGUGGGAACCAAAGGACUCGUCCCAGCAGAAUAGGAGGGACAUUGAUCAGAUCCGCCUGAAUAACACGGUCUAUCUGAUGGUCCGACACGUUACAGUGGAGGAUGGGAAGUUGUAUGCGUGUCAAGUGCGGGAAAACGGAAACAUUGUUCUCACAAGCAAAGCAGAUUUUGUUGUAACCAAUGAUUUAUAUCAGCAGAGUUACACACUUUAUCGCUCCGGCACAGAUCACAGUGAACUUCACCUGAUUUGUUUCCAUAAAUAUAAAGUAUUUUACUUUAAUGCUGCGUGGACCUGGCGCUCACAUCACCUUCAAGAACAGGAGAAGGAAGUAGCAUCUGUAACAUCCUCACAGUCCAUCAGUGUCAACAGGGCCGACUUCGGGAAUCGAUUGGUGACCUCAGUGGAACGCUUUAACGGCAAGGAUUUCAGUGUGAGGAUUGUCCCCGUGCUGUUUGAAGACGCCGGAGAUUACUCGUGUUCUCUGGGAUCAAAUCUAUAUCUGAACAUUACACUAAUCACAGUUAAAGUCACAGCUGAACCACCUGAUGCAGUGACUGAGGGAGACAACGUUACCCUGACCUGCUCUGUGUCAGAGAUCACUGAUUCAAUGAGACUUGUUUGGAUCAAUGGUGAUGGCAAAACCGUGGGAGAGAAAAUAUUCAACGAACAAAGUCAGGAAGAGAAAUCUUUCCAGCUGAUUAUUCCGAAAGCUGAUGGUGUCCGGAGGAAAUGGACGUGCUGUUUGCUUCAUGAAAACACUCCCAGGUUUUUCAUCCCACAUUUCCUAAAGACGAACAUGAGAACAUUUCCGGACAUUUGGAUCAUCGCACUUUCGGGAUACUUAUUGGUUAAACUGGCCGUUGCUCUUGGACUAAUUUGCUAUUCGUUGGGAAUGAACAGAGGAAGAAUUUUCAUGAAAUGUCAAGUAAAUCAGAAAGGUGACACUGGUAUUGACACAGUGGUUGUUCGUUCAACAGAUAUGAAUUGCUAGCAAUUUAUAUUUUAAAAUGUUACGGAACUGUAAGGUAUGGACGAGGAGCAGGAGUCAGCCACUUGUCCUUUAAGCCUGCUCUGCCAUUCAGGGCGAACAGCCUGCAUUCUAAAGGAACAUUUCAACAGUCCCCUGUCUCAGCGAUGGUUAUUUUAAUUCACAAGGACCACUUCCAUAAAAUGCUGCAUGGAAGAAAAUCUGUGGGAGACAAUCAUGUGGAUGUUGGGCCGAGUUCUUGAUCUCCACUCUGUCCACUGGGACAUAGUUUUACAACUGCAGGGAUUGACGGUGGUCCAGUGGUCCAGCCGUGUGUGGAGCUCGAAGAAUCGUGACUGUGUGUCCCCAGUGAGCAAUCUCAACUGGACUCCUCCUGCAGACACGCGGUACGGAACUGGGUUUUACAAAUAGGAAUGAAUGACAGUGAGCCCAGGUCUCCCCUCUCCUUCCCAGAACCAGUUCACACCCUGAGAGAGCGGGAUCUCAGGAGGGGGCAGUCUCUGUGCUCUCACUCAGCGAAUUAUUUGCAGCAGAGCGCCAGAGACUGGAACAUUGCCAGAAAAAAAAUCAUCAUGGAUUAUUGUUGCGAAAAAGGCAUGCUUAAUGGGUGAACAAUUACACGAAAGGAAAGUUUUACUAACUUUCCGAGAGAAUUGUUUAAAUUCCCUGAUGACUGCUUGCUUGGGAAUUGUUCUGACUAUGGUGAAGAAGCUGACCUAGAAUCAAAUUGGGAAGUAUUUGCUUUUAUCGUCGAAUUAUUCUUGUUGUACAGGCGAUCAGGGACUUGAACUUUUCCCUUCUCACCCCAGUCACUGACCUGGCCAUCUCAUUGCUGAAUCUGUGUUAAAUGUACAACAUCCGGUCAGUUAAAAUAACUUAUCUGACUAAAUCAUGUCUAUCUUCUCUCUGCUUAUGAACUGAUCAUGUUAAAUAUAUUUCAUUAAGUUGUAUACCUACAUAUAUUCUGAGUGGUAGCGAAGGAAUAAUUUCCCAUUCAUGGUUUGCUCUCUUUUGUUUACUUGAUGUAUUAAAUACAAAAAGGCUCAGGUCGGUAUAAAGCUUUUUUACAUGUUAGAAGGUGUUAACCCAAAAUCAAAGGGGGAAGUGAAAUGUUCAAAGAUAAAUUGCUCGGCCUGCUUGGACCAAAUCAUAAAGAGUAAACAUCAGUAGAAUUGCUGCAUAACUUGACUGAAGUUUCUUGUGGGAAAUGUUGGAAGAGGGGGUGGGAUGGAUGGAGUGAUGCAGUAUCAGUUUGAACGACUCUUCUCUCCUUUUCCUGAACUCUGAAGGCUGAAGGUCUAGUCUACUCAGUCUGCCCUCAAACAGCAAACGCUCCAAACUGUUUUCAGGGUCAUACCUCAAUUCCUGCAUAGGUAACGCUCCAUAUAUCCAACUCCAGGCUCUGUCUGUCUGCUCUCUGGAGAUCAUUAUAUUUUACAUUGGUGGAGAUAUAUAUAUACUUCGUAUUUACAAAAAUUGAGGUGCGUAUGGACGUAUUUUGGAACUUCAGGACCCAACUGUACUUUGUAUCAGUCAAUCUGACAGUGCCCUUCGCCUCAUUUAGAUGUCAAUACAUCAGCGGCCCAGUAGGUGUCACUGUUUAGCCCCCUCCCAGGUUCCUCAGACGGUAUUAGCCCGGGUUGUGCUGAGGGAGGUGCCUCCAGCACUCGGAUUCCCCAGGGUCCUGCAGUCACUUGGGUUGGAUCCGUGAGACCAAACGCUGCCUGACGGCAUCCUGGAGCCGGUCAGUGAGGCCUUAUCUGACAAUGGGACCGAGUCCAGUGCUGUUCUGUCAUGUGGAUGGGACAGAACCAGCUCCGCUCCCACAAGUGUGGAGAAUUCAUCUGAUAGCAGGCAAAACCACAUCCCCAGGUUUGUCCUCUGUUGAAGCUGUCAAGCUGUUGGAAUGAUUCUGAACGGCCCGAAAUUUCAAUAGUAUGCAUGUGAAUUAAA